AUGGCGGAGCGCGUCCGGGCAGGGAAAGGAAAGGUCAACGUCUGUUUAAUUUCCACCCCCAGCCCUGGACUUCCAGCUUUAGCUCGCCGGCCUCAGCUGUUGUACACACACGGCGAGGGGGAGGGGAGGGCGGAGGCGCGGAGGAGGGGCCGGCUGGGAGGAAUCUGGGCGUCCUGCCGCGCAUGCGCCUUUCUAGAGCAACAAGUGGGCUCCACAGACAGAGGAAGUGUAAAGGGGGGUGGAGAGACUGGUGCAGAGCAUGGCGGUGACGUCAGCGCUCCGCCCGGGCGGCAUCCCGCGCGGCCAAGCCGGGGACAGCGCGAGCCGCAGCCCGAGCAGGAGCGCCGAGACGCGCCUCCGGAACGUAGAGUAACAAUCACAACCCCACAUUCCGGGCGAGCACGAGCGGGAAGGGAUGCGACCCGGGCCGAGGCGCCGCGCGAGCGCCCUGCAGCCAACGUGAGCGCCGCCAACCGCGGCGGCCCGGGCGCCGGCCAGGCCAGGGGGCGGCGGGAGCCUGCGUGCGUGCGCUCCUCUCCUCUGCUCUCGUGCGUCCUGGAAGCGGUGGCCGCUGCGGCUCCCUCCGGCGUGCAAACCCUGCCGCCAACAACGGAACGGCCGACCCUGCGGAGGGGAGAAGCUCCUCUCUCGGCUGCCACCCCCUCCCCCGGCCCUCCAGGGAAGCAGCGGCUUCAGCAAGAUUGGACCCGGGCACCGGGUGGCACAGCCCUCUAGCCCUCGCCCCAGGGUGCCUGGCGGGGAGAGGACGCAGCUCGU